CGACAAUCCGAAACUGAUGUGAUACGGUACAACUAACGUUAGAGUAAAGUUAUCAAGACUUUGGAAAGGAAGGAAGUGAGGAGCCAAAUGAGAAAACCAGGGAUUGUUCCUGAAUUCAUAUCUAAAUAUAUCAUACAUAUCAUUUUGCCUUAUUAAUAGUGUUUAAUACUGAUAAGGAAAGAAGCUGGAAGGCGGAACAUGUUGCGUUUCUUUCGACAUAGUCGAGCCAGGAUUCUGUCGCAGCUGGCAACAACACCAUCUGGACGACGCUUAGCGGGGGCAGUUCCCGCCGUACAGCACCAAACAUCCCGCUCGUACAAUGUUGGUCGCGAUGUGUACGGAUUUCGACAAUCGGCUUGGCAGCCGCUUAAUUUGAUAGGCCUUCAACAACAAGCAGAGGGGGAGAAAAUUAUUACAGACAAAGCUGUAAUACAGAAUAGGAUUGAGAAUGCCAAUCUGCUCCGACUUGUAACAGCCUACAGGGAACAUGGACACAAAAGGGCAACGCUGGAUCCUUUGGGGCUGUUGCAACUCCAAUCUGUGCCUGAGUUAGAUCCUCAUCUGUAUGGACUCUCACCUCAUAACAGUGAACUGUACAACUUGACAGGUAUUGUAAACAUUGGAAAAAAGGAAGGAACAAUUCAAGAGGUUAUUGAGCAUCUACAGAAGGCUUACUGUGGCAGUAUUGCUGUUGAAUUUGCUCACUUACUGACAAGUGAAGAGAGAGAAUGGUUUUCCAACGAAGCUGAAGAGAGCCCUCAUUGGUUUGUAUCUAAUGCCACCCGGCAGAGGAUUGCACAAUUGAUGGCAGACGCUCAGGCUUUUGACCAAUUCAUGACCACCAAGUUUGCGACUGUAAAGCGUUACGGUGGGGAAGGAGCUGAGAGCAUGAUGGCAUUUUUCCAUCAACUUUUUACUCAAGCUGUUUCAGAUGGAGUUGAAGACAUUGUUCUUGCCAUGCCACAUAGAGGGCGUUUGAAUCUUUUAAUGGGACCACUUGGUUUCUCACCACUGGUGAUGAUGAAGAAACUCCGGGGUAACCCAGAGUAUGCCCCACAUCUGCACUGUGUGGGAGACAUACCAACCCAUCUCUGGACGUCCGUGGAUCUGGAUGUGGACGGAAAAGAAUUGCAUCUCUCUCUCAUUCCUAAUCCUUCACAUCUUGAGGCUAAUAUACCUGUUGGCAUUGGUAAAGCUAGAGGGCGCCAGAUGAGAAAACAAGAAGGUGACUAUGCUGCUGAUCUGCCAUCUGAUUGUUGUCAUGGCGAUAAAGUCUUGAACGUUCUUCUUCAUGGUGAUGCAGCUUUUGUUGCCCAGGGGGUGAUUGCUGAAUGUUUUGCGAUGGCCAACCUUCCUCACUAUGCAGUAGGUGGAUCCAUACACCUAGUUGUCAACAACCAAAUUGGCUUCACCACACCAUCUGAGAGAGGGCGCUCUUCUCCAUACUGUAGUGACAUUGCCAAAAUGAAUGGAAAUCCUGUUAUCCAUGUGAAUGGCAUGGAUCCUGAGGCUGUUCUAUCAGCUUGCAGGCUUGCAGUGAGCUACAGACACAAAUUCAGGAAAGAUGUGGUGGUUGAUUUUUUGUGCUUCCGUCGCUGGGGUCAUAACGAGCUUGACGACCCCUCCUUCACCCAGCCCAUCAUGUAUGAUAACAUCCGAUCAAGGCUCAGCAUACCAGAUACAUACAUCCAGAAAGCUGCCGAAGAGGGAUCUAUCAGUAAGGAAGAGAUUGACAAGAAUGUUUCAGAGAAGAUUCAGGAGUGGAAUCGAUGUCUGAAAGAAGCAGACUCCUCCCCCGCCCAUGCCUAUGAAUCCAUACGUCAGGGUCAAUGGUCAUCAUGUGAUCCUCCUCCAUCACACAUUGCAUUAUGGGAUACAGGUGUUGAAACAGAUUUACUGAAAUUCAUUGGGGGAAAGUCUGUAGAGAUUCCUAAUGAUUUUGGUAUACACCCGCAUCUAAAGAAGAUCUUUGUAGAUGCAAGAUUGAAGAAACUAGAGGAGGGAUCUUCUAUAGAUUGGGCUACUGCAGAGAGUUUGGCUUUUGGGUCAUUGCUACUUCAAGGAUUCAAUGUGAGACUAAGUGGUCAAGAUGUAGGGCGGGGUACCUUCAGUCAUCGUCAUGCCAUGCUGGUUGAUCAGGAUAAUGACAGUAUUCACAUACCACUCAACCACAUUGAUCAAUCACAAAGAGGAUUCUUUGAGGUUGCAAACAGCCCAUUGUCAGAAGAAGCUGUGUUAGGUUUUGAGUAUGGGAUGAGCAUAGAGACUCCUAAUCUGAUGGUUAUAUGGGAGGCUCAGUUUGGUGAUUUCUUCAAUGCUGCUCAGACAAUCAUCGAUACCUACAUCUUUCCUGGAGAGUUAAAAUGGCUUCUCCAAAGUAGUCUCGUCAUGCUGCUUCCCCAUGGCUUUGACGGAGCUGGCCCCGAGCACUCUUCCUGUCGUCUUGAGCGAUUCCUUCAGGCUUGUGACAGCAGCGAUGAGAGAGUGGAUGGAGAUAAUGUCAAUGUGCAGAUUGCCAACCCAACAACACCAGCUCAGUACUUUCAUCUUCUACGACGGCAGAUGGUCCGUAACUACAGGAAGCCUUUGAUCAUGGCCUCUCCAAAGAUCCUUCUACGUCUUCCAGCUGCCACUUCAGACCUCUCAGAGAUGGGUCCUGGAACUAGUUUUAGACCAGUUAUAGAUGACAAGACUACUGAUCCUAAAAGUAUCCAGAAGAUUAUUAUAUGCUGUGGAAAGCACUACUAUGCGCUACAGAAGGAGAGGGAGAGCAGACAGGCUCAUCAUAUAGCCAUAGUGAGGGUCGAGUCUCUGUGCCCCUUCCCAGCUGACGUCCUGCAAAGUGUUUUAAGUAGAUAUACUAAUGCCAAAGAAUAUGUUUGGAGUCAAGAGGAACACAAGAAUAUGGGGGCGUGGUCCUUUGUAGCACCUCGCUUUGAAAACCUUGUUGGGUAUAAGCUUGCCUAUGCUGGGAGAGAUGUUCUUGGAGUUCCUGCUGUUGGCACUGCAACCCUACACCAAGAAGAGGUCAGACAGAUCAUGGUUCGGACGUUUGAUCGGUAGUUUCUACUAAAGAUCUUAUUCAAUAUGAAUGUAAUGAAAACAUGGGUGAUAUUACAUUGAUGUUAUGACUUUGUAUGUGUACAAGAUGAUCUUAUUCUUAAACAAAGGUUCCUAUUUUUAGCAGAGAUGCCAACCUUGUAAAAUAAAUUGAAGUAUGCCUUUUUUAUGGAUUAAACAAAAGUAUUUUUGGUGGUAAAACAGUAUUUUUUCCACUUUGCUGCAAUAGACAUGUGCGAAUUUGGAACAAAGCGUAUAUCAUGAAACCUGCAGUAUUUUCAAUGAAAAGUAGUUUAAAAUACUGCCAACGGGAGCAAUUAUCUUUCAUGCUUUUAAGUUUCUCACCAAAAUCUGUGCCAUGUCUUUGAGCAAGAAGUCCACUCAGUAUCUUUCCAUGUGGCAUUCCUGCAUUCUGUAUUGUUUUGUGUAUGCUGAAAAGGGAGGAUUAGAAGGAAAGAGAAGUCAAGUGGGAUUGCCACUGAAAUAUGUAGUUCAGACUUUUGUCAAAGUACCUUUAUGUUUGGUUAAGAACAUCUCAUAAUGCAAACACUUGAUGCAAACGGACACACACUGCCAUCACAUGCUGAAUAUUACUAUAGUGUCACUGUCAUUAUCAAUUUUUUCAAGUUCAUAGCAUUGUAACUUUUUUGUAGAA